AUGGGAUUGGAUUGUCCUCCGUCGCAAGGCCCGCAGAUGUACAAGAUUCUUCUGGAAGAUCUGGAAGUGAAAAAUGGGGUCUGGUUUGCUGGACAGAACUGGUCGUGGAGGCUGCCCCAAGGAAACCAGACAGGGCUGGCAAGAGGGAAACCGGCAGGACUGGUGGACGCGGCUUGCCAACUGCGCGUCUGUGUCCUUCAGUCUCCCAGGGGAAGACAAAAAGCCUUCUCUAACCCCGUGGUAAAGCCAGAAGUACAGCCUCCGGAGAAGCCUAAGCCAGAAGACCCUCAGGUCUCCGGGGAGCCAGGCUUAGAGCCACCCUCUUCAGAGCAAAAGUUAGACCUGCAGCCAGAACCCACCGCGACCUUCCUGUUUACCCUCCUGAGCACAGCGGAGCCCACUGAGUCCAACAAGCCUGAAGAAGUCCUAGAGAACCAAGAGUGCCAGUUCCUGGACAAGGAAGACUGGGGCCCCCAGCGGACCUCAAAGGAAAUCAGCCAUUUGCAGAGUGAUUGCAGGAGACUCUGGGAGUCACUGAGCACUAUCCAAGCAGACAACCGGGCCCUGGGGGAAAAGCUGCAAAAUCUGCCAACCUUGUCAUAUGAGAGCCUAAGGAAGGAAGCAAAGGCCCUCCAGGAGGAGGCGAAGGCUGUCGCGGACGGAGCCCAGGCUGUCCAGGAGGGUGCCCAGGCCAUCCAGGGGGUGGCACUGUUCCAGGUGCAGGGGCAGCCCCACUGCUGCCCGUAGGGAGGAAGGGCACGCCUUCCCCGGCCGCUCCCUCAGCUCCCCGAGCCUGUAGCAGCCCAGCUCCCGGAAGGUAGCACUGUUCGUCCCGUAGCCUGGGGCUCCCAUGUCCCACAGACACCAACAUCAGCCCUGGCCAGGCCCAAGGCUGGAGACUAGACACUUCCCCGGGGAGCCAUGCCAGCAGCUCCUCUCCAGGUCACAGUAAUAAACUUGUCUGAAGCUGA